AAUAAGUGCAUCCGUGAAAUGUUCUUGCUACUAAAUAUUCCAAGGUCAACUGUUAGUGGUAUUAUAACAAAGUGGAAGCAACUGGGAACAUCAGCAACUCAGCCAUAAAGUGGUAUGCCACGUAAAAUGACAGAGUGGGGUCAGUGCAUGCUGAAGCGCACAGUGCGCAGACGUCACCAACUGUCUGCAGAGUCAAUAGCUAAAGACUUCCAAACUUUGUGUGGCCUUCAGAGAACUUCAUGGAAUGUGUUUCUAUGGUCGAGCUGCUGCAUCCAAGUCUUACAUCACCAAGUGUAAUUCAAAGCGUUGGAUGUAGUGGUAUAAAGCAUGCCGCCACUGGACUCUAG